AUGAACGGAACAAGAAAUACGAUAUAUCCUUUAGAUGAUUCACCCGACGCUUCGCACACUGCUGAGAACAGAAGACCUAUAACCGAGCUCUGUAAAGACCAGGGUAUUCCUGGAGCGCCCAUUGCCCUUCCGCCCCUCAACUCAGGAGGACAGCAAGACAUUGCUGAUCUAUCGAACUUCGUCUCUUCAACCUUGAACCGUUACAACCUGAUGACAUCCGCAUGCAUCAGUGCUUUGGCAAGAACGGAGUUGUCGUUGGAGGACUGCAUGCAGAGGGAAGUGUUUCACCUCAAGAGCACCCCUUCCGACAGCAUCUUCUUCACAGCGAAACCCUUCUCCAGCGGGUUGUCGAAGGCACCGUUGAGAGCCUACAUCUUCCUGUGCACUUUAUCGUUCGCUAUCUCUGCCAUCAUGCUGUGUCAAGGCGUUGUCUAUCCGCUUGUAGGAUACGAAGGCCAGUCGUUCAACUGUAGCAGGCCCCGGUUCUGGAGGAGAAUGGCAUCCGACGAGUUUCAACUGGAGGUGGAGAGUUUUGGGAUUGCAUGGGGAGAUGGGCCACGGCUGUACGAGAAGAGUACAACUUUACACAGCUUCACGACUGCUAGCACCUCCUUCAGCGUUGAAACCUACGGAGAACCUAUGAAAUUCAAUGGGAUUUAUUUUAUUCUGAAGGAGCCAUUUCAAGGCGAACCAUACAUUUGGUCUGAAUUUACACUGCACUACACAAGGGACAACAUCACAUUCACAAAGCAGAGUUGGCGAGGAUGGAUUGAUAUCAUUGACAGCGCGCGCAGGAUUGCACUUUUCCGGUGGGGCCCGGUAACAACAGUCAACAUGGAUUUUUUCUUGUGGAUUUUUUGCUAUACGAUUGUUGCAAUACUGUUUACAUUUUCCAUCGUCUUCAUUCUGAUCCAAAAGGAGCAUUACGUAAAGCCUUUAGUGUUAGCCGGCAUCGUCGUACUUAUGAUCAUAUCAAUAUGCGAUGUUCCUGUCAGGGCAACCACAUGGCAUAUGGAGAACAAUGUGGACGACAUCGUAUCAAUUGUCCUGCAAGGGCUGAUGGGCGCAUUGCUUUUCAUUCUUUUUCUUGCAAUCUGGGCAGAAAAGAAUCUACUAUUGAGUAUCAUGCUCUAUGGCUGCUGUAAUAUUGCGUCGAGUGCGGCAACGUAUAAAGGGAAAGGAAGUUUUGACGUUCUCGCACUUUUGGGGUAUGGCAUCCUCCCCUGCUGUUUUGUGUUAUAUAAUGUAAUCAGAAUGAGGCUUCUGACUACUUCAGCUCAUCGGCUCAUGAAUGAAGACCUGGUCAAAUACAAUGACGUUUUCCUCUCGAUGAUAGAAGGAUCAAGCUCAUCAGAUUUAACUGAUCUAGAGAACACUUCAAUCAAGAUUCACCAAGAAAUCUCAACUACUUCCAAGCAAGCUAGGCAAAUGUUGAAUGUCAAAAAUGUUCACGAAGUAGCGAAGCAAUUGAAAUUGCCUAAUGCCAAAGCUGUCGAAGGACGUUUGAAAUCAUUUCUAUCUCAGCAGCUCAGGCUUGGAAGCAAAAAUGGAGAAGAGUUUGUACCACUGACCAACUUGGAUUUUUUGUAUACGCAGGCUUGCAUGGUGUAUCCGCUGAUGAGAGAGGUGGUAUUGGGGUGGGCAAAGGCUUCAGGGGGGGCUCUUAGCCAUGGUGCACAUGAAAUCGAGGACUUGGAAGAGCACAUGUCAAAUUCUAGCGAGCAUCUUCUCGCACAAAGACUCAAAGCUCCGAGCAGAGCCAUCGAGAAGGUGAUACGUUGCUACGGAGGAGACGCCUCCUUUCUUUUGGACAUCUGCAGAGAGUCGAUUGUGUUCAGCGACACGGCAAGCCUUGUCAAGUGCCUGCAGAUCAUUCAUGCAGAUAGCAACGUCCGUAUCUGCCGUAUCAAGAAUCGAUACUCUAGCAGCUUCAAUGCGUACGAGACUGGAGGAUACCGAGACGUGGCCUUGAACCUGCAGCUCAAGACAGGGGACGCUGAGCUUCUGGGGGUCGAUCAUCAUACUUUCGAGCUGCUUCUGAUCCAUGAGCAUUUCUAUGCAAUCAAGGACAAAGACGGGCAUGAGCGAUAUGUGCGAUGGAGGAAUAUGAGGGGGCGAUGA